UAUACAAUAACAACAGUAAUCUGCCAGGAAGAAGAAGAAGAAGAAGAAGAAGAAUAAGAAGAAGAAGACGAAGAAGAAGAAGAAGAAGUAGAAGCUCAUUUCUGCUGUGUUUUACAUUAGUUGAAAUGAGAAGCUAACCACAUACAAGAAGUUUUCUGCUUGCGCACUAUUGAAGUCAAGCCACGUAUUAAGUCAUGGAAAACUAAGUCAAAUAGCAGGUCGCUGAUUUUAUAGAUACUACAGCGGGGCUGCAGCAGGUGGAAGCAGCCGCCUCCGCGGAGAUGGUCAGCUUGAACUGGAAGCCGUUCAUCUACGGAGGGAUGGCCUCGAUUGUCGCAGAAUUCGGGACAUUUCCCAUUGACUUGACUAAGACGCGGCUACAGGUCCAGGGUCAGUGCCAGUACACGGAGGUGCGCUACAGGGGCAUGUUCCACGCCCUUUUCAAGAUCGGCAAGGAGGAGGGCAUCCGAGCGCUCUAUUCUGGGAUUUCUCCUGCUCUGUUGAGACAAGCUUCUUAUGGGACAAUCAAGAUAGGAACCUACAACUCUUUGAAGAGGCUGUUUGUUACCCAUCCAGAAGACGAGACCAUGGUCAUCAACGUCUUCUGUGGAGUCGUCUCUGGAGUCCUGUCCUCUUCUCUAGCCAACCCAACUGAUGUCCUCAAGAUCAGAAUGCAGGCGCAAGGCAGUCUGCUCCAAGGCAGCAUGAUGUCCAACUUCAUCAACAUCUACCAGACAGAGGGCACCAGAGGGCUGUGGAGAGGUGUCAUCCCCACAGCGCAGCGAGCAGCCAUUGUCGUAGGAGUGGAACUUCCUGUCUAUGACAUAACGAAGAAGCAUCUCCUUCGCUCUGGCGUCAUGGGAGACACCAUUUUGACACAUUUUAUUUCGAGUUUCACGUGUGGACUGGCGGGGGCGCUGGCCUCUAACCCUGUGGACGUUGUCCGGACCCGUAUGAUGAACCAGAGAGUUUUGUCAGGAGCCCCCAUGUAUAAAGGAACACUUGACGGACUGAUGCAGACAUGGAAGAAUGAGGGCUUCUUCGCUCUCUAUAAGGGAUUCUGGCCUAACUGGCUUCGGCUCGGGCCUUGGAACAUCAUUUUCUUCAUCACCUUCGAGCAGCUGAAGAAGCUCCCGUUUUAACCGGAGCAGGAAGUGGGACUUCGCUGGUCUGUUAGUGUCAGGCAUAAGUGGGGUGUGAGCACGACUGCACCUGGAGUUUUGGCAACAGUAUAUUUACACGAUACAAUACAUUAUGAGUCAUCUGUCCAUGCUUAUCCAAAUCUUUUUUCUUUUCUUUUUUUGGUUGCAAUGUGUUUUAUUUAUUGUCACUAGUUUGGUUUUAGUAUUGUUUUAAGGAAUGUUGCUUUGGUGAUUGCUCUCACCCUCGACCACCUGCGACACUCCCCAGGCAGCUUAAUGUUUGGUUGUAGAAGACUGCUAGUUUGGAAGACUGAAGUUUAUUUCCUUGAGCUGAUUGAAAAGACGGUUUACAGAGUGGGUUGUGUGAGUUUCUCAAAAGACAGAGAUGACACUUGUGAUUGUUUGCUCAGGAUUCCUACACAGAUCUGGGAUAAACAUUGAAAAAUGAAUUUAUUUAUAAGCCUAGGAAUUGCAGAAUGUCAGUUCAGUCUUGCAUGGCUAUGUGCACAGUUUGUGGAGUUUAA